AUGGACAUCCAGUCAAGCCAUUGUUCGCUAGUAGAUCCGGCUUCUGGACGCUUCGAAGAACUACCUGAAGACAGGUGUCCCGCGGGCCCACACGUUGACCGUGACUCGUACUCGUCAAGAGCCGAUUCACAUGCAUUCAUUGUUUUACAGCUAUUGAGUUCUGGGAGAGAGACGAUCCUCUUUGCAUGGUUCUUCGUGGGUAAUGGGGGUGGCACGAGCUUCGAGUGGCUUCGAAAUUCGUUACAUAAUAAGACGGUUCGCGAUGCGGCAGUGGCACAGCACAGGGGUGUCUCCCAUCUCUUGCAUUCUUUAAGCCCUCCCAUAUACCAUGUCCUCUGGCACAGAGAAAUGUAUAGCGAAGAAGGCGCGAAAGCGCCAACGAAAGGCGCACGCUCCACUCCACCUCCGGACGACGACGACACGCCUCUCGCCGCCUUCUUUGCUCAAUUCGCCUCAUUCUCCUUCAAAGAAAACCAGUCCUCAAACAAGAACUUCGACCGCCUUGUCAGCGUCCUCAGAAUCGACACCAAAGAUCCGCAGAGGCGCGAACUACGAGAGGGCUUCAAGGACGCGCUCGUACAGGAAUUCAACGCGCGUUUUGGAACUGACGGAAACGACCUUUCGAACUGGCAGAAUUUGUGUCGUGUGUUGAGGAUUGAUCCUGUUCCGGAUUCGAUUCAGGCGUGUCGCCAGUGCGUUUGGGACACGCAUGUCAACCUCGUAGACCUGGUUGAUUCAGCGAGGACUGGGAAGCCUGUAAAGCUGUUUGAAUCCUUGGCAGAGUUGAGAAAAUACACUCUUCGGACGAAGAAAAUCUUUCCGAAGGAGAAUGCGUAUCAAGGCGGAUUACUGAAGGAGUUGCUUAGGGAGAUCAUCAACACGUACUUCGGGAGGCGUAGGAACGGGAGUGCGAAGAGAAAAGAAAGGAAGAAGAAACAGAAGGCCGCAAAGGCGGCAGCAAGAGGUGACUGA